AUGGUCAAACCAAGCGUUGUAGGCUUGUUAGCUCAUGCUGGCCUCUUGGUUCAACUUGCCAAUGGCAUGGAAGACUUCCAGCAGCACUGCGAGUCCUUCACGUCUUCAGCUGGUGGUGUCUCUUUCACGUCGGAGUACAUCACGUCUGGAACGGAGCUCGCUCUCACCGAAGCCGAUGCUACGUGCGGAAUCUUCACACAGUCUGUAUCGGUCAAUCUCUGCCGCAUUACGGCUCAGGUCCCUACUUCGAACCGUUCCGGAUUCUGGUUUGAGGCAUGGCUACCCGAGGACUGGUCCGGAAGAUUCCUUGCGACAGGCAACGGCGGACUAGGCGGCUGUAUCCAGUACUAUGACGUCGAAUACGGUGCCUCUCUCGGUUUUGCAACCAUUGCGACUAACAAUGGACACCAAGGAUACACUGGAUCCCCCUUUCUCCACAACCUCGACGUCAUUCAGGACUUUGCCUACCGCUCCAUCCAGAAUGGUGUUGUCGUCGGCAAGGAAAUCACUCAAGAGUUUUACGGAGAGGCCCAUGAGAAGAGCUACUACCUGGGAUGCUCAACUGGCGGCCGCCAAGGGUUGAAGGCAGUCCAGUCUUUUCCUGACCUGUUCGAUGGCGUCGUUGUUGGAGCGCCUGCUAUUGCGUGGAAUAACCUGACGUCGUGGGCUAUUCAGUUUUAUCCUCUUCUUGGGACGCCUGAGUCUGCGACAUUUGUUCCUCUAGACGUGUGGCCUAUCAUUCAUCAAGACAUUCUGGACCAGUGCGACCAGCUUGACGGUGUUGCAGACGGUAUCUUGGAGUCGCCUAACCUCUGCAAUUACAACCCCGAUGGCCUCUUGUGCACUGAAGCUCGAAGCACUGGCUGUCUUACAAGUACACAACUUGAGACGCUCAAGAGUAUUUACUCACCUGUGCUGGAUGCAGCCGGAAGCCUGGUGUACCCCAAGAUGCAGCUUGGAUCCGAGUUCACCGGCGCGGUGGACAGUUACUUCUCCGGGGCAGUCUCACCCGUGUCGGACUGGUACCGUUAUGCCAUUUUGAACGACUCCAACUGGGAUGCCAUGACCCUCCGUCCGGAGAACUACACCGUUGCUUCUGGUCUCAACCACUUCAAUAUCGAUACCUGGGAUGGUGAUUUAUCGGCUUUCCAGAACCGCGGUGGUAAGCUUCUCCACUGGCACGGUUUAGCCGAUGGUGUUCUGUCGAGUGAGAAUUCCCCUCGGUAUUAUGAACAUGUCUCGCAAACCAUGGGCAUGGAUUCGGAGGUUCUUGACGAAUUCUACCGAUUCUUCCGCAUCUCUGGCAUGUCCCAUUGCGGCAGCGGUAAUGGGGCGACCUUUAUCGGCCACCAGUCAGCAAGCACUGCCAGUCUGGCCCCGGAAGAAAACGUGCUGAUGGCGAUGGUUCGAUGGGUUGAGAGCGAAGUGGCUCCCGAGACCAUCAUGGGGACCCGGUACAAGAAUGGCACUAGUGACAGUGGUGUUGAUUUCAGACAUAGACAUUACAGAUGGCCAUACCACAAUGUGUACCAAGGUAUUGGUAUAUCACUGCUCUAUUAUACAGAGUAA